ACACAACAUGGCGGACUAGAAUAGUCGGCCGACGCGCCCGGAUACAGCGGAUAAACCGUGGGAUUUAACACCCAAGAAGGCCAAGAAAGUACUCUCUGAAGGGGGCCACACGUUUGGGCAUAAUAAGGAUUUUUCGCGGGGGGCCGUCGUCGCCUGGAUUUAGCAGAAAAACUGACUACGAAGUACUGGCAGUGUGUCCCACAUCGAGCUUCCCUCCUCUGCUAUCACCCAGGUCCCCCCACCCCGCUCUCACUCUCGGUUCGUGGGGUGUGGAGACAGGGGCCGGGGUAGAAAAACGUGGAAGAGAAGGAGAGCAUACAUUCCUUCUUUGCUGUUCCCCCCCUCCCCCUGGUUUCUUCUGGGCGCUUCAGGAGUUGUGGACCACGCUGUGCGAAUGAGUGAUUGAUGCCAACUUCGCUUCUUCAGGGCAGAAUGGGUUUGUGUCCCCUGCUCCUGCUGCUUGGCCUUGCCCUUGGGGCAUCAGGCCAGGAUGACAUCCCCAUCACAAGUCCUCCAAAUAUCACUGCCGUACCCACAGACCCUCCUGUCGCACCAUCACUUAACUUCACAGUUACACCCACACAAGCCAUCGAAGGGCCACCCACCACCCUCGCCCCUUCAGUCAUCUCAGUGACCACAAUAUCAGCAACAACAACAGCAGCAACAACAACAGCAGCAGCAGCAACCACAACCGCUGUCAUUAGCCCUCCUGGUGACAAGGACAUGGAACCAGCAGGUCCCAAUGGAACUGAACUGGUGUUACCUUUUCCUCCGCCCCCAUCUCCAACUGAUGCCCCUCAGGCACCACAAAGUACCGUGCCUCCCCCUCCUCCCACCCUGCCAGAAGGACAGAACGUGACCACAGCCCUCCCUCCAGAAAUCCUAACUCCAGAUGAUUAUGACAAUGGGGAUAUAUUAACUGAGGAGACGGAGACCACCACAGAACCUGGGAUGGAAUUCCCCUCAGACACCAGCCCACACGACAACAACCACUCUGAUGAGAUGCCCAUCAUAGCCGUCAUGGUGGCCCUGUCCUCCCUGCUGGUCAUCAUCUUCAUCAUCAUCAUCCUCUACAUGCUCAGGUUUAAAAAGUACAAGCAGGCGGGGAGCCAUUCAAACUCCUUCAGGCUGACCAAUGGGAGAUCAGAUGAUACAGAACUGCAGAGCGUCCCGCUAUUGGCCCGCUCACCCAGCACAAACAGGAAGUACCCUCCUCUUCCCGUGGACAAGCUGGAGGAAGAAAUGAACCGCCGCAUGGCUGAUGACAACAAGCUCUUCAGGGAGGAGUUUAAUGCGCUGCCAGUCUGCCCCAUUCAGGCUUCAUGUGAUGCUGCCUCCAAGGAAGAGAAUAAAGAAAAGAACAGAUAUGUCAACAUCCUGCCAUAUGAUCACUCCAGGGUUCAUCUUUCAUCUCUGGAGGGAGUUCCUGACUCUGACUUCAUCAACGCCUCCUUUAUUAAUGGAUACCAAGAGAAGAAUAAGUUCAUUGCAGCUCAAGGACCAAAGGAGGAAACUGUUAAUGACUACUGGAGGAUGAUCUGGGAGCAGAACACAGCAACCAUCGUCAUGGUGACCAAUCUGAAGGAGAGAAAAGAGUGUAAGUGUGCCCAGUACUGGCCGGACCAGGGCUGUUGGACAUACGGGAACAUUCGUGUGUCUGUUGAGGACACAAUGGUUCUGGUUGACUACACUAUACGCAAGUUCUGCAUCCAACAGGUUGGAGAUGUGUCUGGAAAGAAGCCUCAGAGGCUCGUCACCCAGUUCCACUUCACCAGCUGGCCAGACUUCGGGGUACCCUUCACACCUAUUGGGAUGCUCAAGUUCCUCAAGAAGGUCAAGAAUUACAACCCUCAGUAUGCAGGGGCCAUUGUGGUCCACUGUAGUGCGGGCGUGGGGAGGACAGGAACCUUCAUUGUGAUCGAUGCCAUGUUAGACAUGAUGAACACUGAGAGGAAGGUGGACGUCUUUGGCUUCGUCACCAGGAUCAGAGCCCAACGUUGUCAGAUGGUCCAGACUGAUAUGCAGUACGUGUUCAUCUUCCAGGCGUUGUUAGAGCACUACUUGUACGGGGACACAGAGCUGGAGGUGACCUCUCUAGAGUCCCACCUGGCCAAACUCUACGCCCCCUCACCUGGAGCCGGCUGCAGUGGCCUGGAGGCUGAAUUCAAGAAACUAACAUCCAUCAAGAUUCAGAACGACAAGAUGAGGACAGGCAACCUGCCUGCCAACAUGAAGAAGAACAGAGUCUUACAGAUCAUUCCAUACGAGUUCAACAGAGUGAUCAUUCCAGUCAAACGAGGAGAGGAGAACACCGACUACGUCAAUGCUUCAUUCAUUGAUGGUUACCGUCAGAAGGACUCCUACAUGGCGAGUCAGGGCCCACUGCAGCACACCAUAGAGGACUUCUGGAGGAUGAUCUGGGAGUGGAGGAGCUGCUCCAUCGUCAUGCUCACUGAGCUGGAGGAGAGAGGGCAGGAAAAGUGUGCCCAGUACUGGCCCAGCGAUGGGGUAGUGGUUCACGGGGACAUCUCUAUCGAGAUUAAAAGGGAUGAGGAGAGCGAGAGCUACACAGUGCGGGACCUCCUGGUCACCAACAACAGGGAGAACAAGGCUCGGGCUGUGCGUCUGUUCCAUUUCCAUGGCUGGCCAGAAGUGGGCAUCCCCACUGACGGUAAAGGCAUGAUCAACAUAAUUGCUGCGGUGCAGAAACAGCAGCAGCAGUCUGGCAACCACCCCAUCACAGUGCACUGCAGUGCUGGUGCUGGCCGGACGGGGACUUUCUGUGCAUUGAGUACGGUCCUGGAGAGAGUGAAAGCGGAGGGCAUACUGGAUGUCUUCCAGACAGUCAAGAGCCUCAGACUGCAGAGACCACACAUGGUGCAGACACUGGAGCAGUACGAGUUCUGCUACAAAGUGGUCCAGGAGUAUAUCGAUGCCUUCUCUGACUACGCCAACUUCAAAUAGAGACCUGCCAUGGAUGGAUGGAAGUCCAGAUACACUUCAUACAAACAUGCACACACCAGAACACAGACAGAUGCACACACACAUUACCAUGCAGGAAGCUGCAUGUUCCCAUCUGAUGGAUGUUUUUUUUAACAAAAAGACUCGUCACAAUGUGAUCAGUGGAUGAGACGAACUGCCUGAAGGAAAAGGGAACAGAGGCCUCAGCCUGGAGGAGGACAAGGCAGGGCAGUCUGACAGAGACAACAACUGAGAUGCCUUCUUGAAUAUUUUGUAAUAUUGGUCUUGUUAAUACAGCCCUUCACCCCUACUUGCUUCCCAAUUCGCCCCCACCCCAAACAUGUAUAUAUACUUACUGUGUUGCAUCUUAUUACUUUGGUUUCAGACACAGUUUUGAGUUUGGCUGCAUUUUCGGGUGGCACCUGUAAUGUAUUUUAUUGGUAUAUACAUAUAAAUAUAUAAAUAUAUAUGAAUAUAAAUCUAAUGCUUUGGAGGCUGAUGUAAAAAAAAAAAAAAAGAAAAAAAAGAUCCAGAGUCAUGGUGAGGUUUUAUGGAAUUUUUUUUUCUUUUGUUCUUUUUAGGGAGUGAGACAUUGAAUCUUGUUUGGCUUUGCUAGAGCCACGCUGUAGCAUCAACAUUUACAGACCAACCCUGGACUGUUUCCACUCCCAGAUAUCCAUACAGGAAACACACAAGAGGAGCUGGUUAUUCUUUAUGCAGAUUAAAUCCCAUCGAUUGAGCCAAUUACAAUUUCUCCCCUUUACGUUUCAGGGGUCGGGGGUUCAAAGGGACACUCACUAUUGGAGAUCAGAAUCGCUGUGAUGUAGCUCAUUGACUCAGGUUGACACACGCACGAACACACACACACUUGAGACCAGGAGCCAUUUGUUUUCUGUGAGCAUCAGCGUGUCUAUUUAAACUGGAGCAGAAGCUGGCAGAGACUACAGUGUUUUUAACACCGCUGUCUGCUUUCUGUUGAGUGCCAAAGUCUUUCACUCACUGGAGUCUGAGACUCUCUGCCAACCAUGUUUAGACAUCCAGAAUAAGACAGCUAGUGUACUCUCUGAGCAUCUGUAGCCAACAUAUUCCUGGAUUAUGUAAGGAAAUUGAGAAAGUAAGGAAUAAGCAUAGACGUUUUGUGCACUAUAAGAUUUAGAAAAAUUGGUCAAACUUUUGUGUAAAAUCUCAAAUAGAUGUCCUUUCUUUUUGACGGUCUGUUACAGUACCACCACUGAUGUCGAUCAGGUAGAUGAGCUAAACCACACAGUCAAAGUUUUCUCCAUGAUGGCAUCCUAGAACACAACAAAUGUUAUACACCCAGCUUAUUUCUGUCUUGUUUACAGACGCACGUCAGUAUUUCUUAUAGAUUGUAUUGAGUAUUUCUUUCUGUAUAGGUUUCCUUGCCUGAACUGACUGUCAUGUCUUUUAUUUUCUAUCGGCCUCACAUCACUACACUGUGCUAUCACUCUUCAAGAAUGAUCCCUUCUAUUUCCCACUUUGAACACUGAAACGGAAGAAUGUUUCUUUUUUUAUUCAAAUGCUGUUGCUAACAAAGUCCUAAAAUAUGGAUGCAUUGUUACUUAAAUAGUGGAGGUGCCAUGCAAUGUGUGCUAUGAUUUUUUUAUGACUGUCCUAAGAGGGCACUCAGACUUGAACUACAGUGUUUCUUUUUAUUUUGAAGAUGAGGUCACAAAUGAGGCCGUGCCCUUUCUGAUUGUAUUGAACCAUGAAUAAUGUCAGUUAACCACAGGGCUUCAGGUCAGUCUAAUUUCCUCUCAGUCAGCUCAGGAAAUGACCAAUGCCAGGAUUGUUUGAAUUUAGAAAUGGAUCAAAUUCAGCUUGAGUUCAUCUCAGCAAGCAGCUCAUGUUUAAAGGUUUUUAUCUCACCCAGGUUUUAACGCUAUGUUUGAAAUAAUACUUCUUUCAUGAAUUUUUAAGCUAUCUUUUUCAAAAUGCAGAUUUUAUUUUGGUAACAGGCCCAAUGACUUUUAUUGAGAAAAGGAGCACAAUCAAUUUUUAAUUUAUUGAUAGCAGAAUCAUUAAAAGUACAUGCUGAAUUUCA